GCAAGCCACUGGCGCAACGAUCGACCGCCCGCGCGUCUCGCCGCCGCGAGCGAAACCUGGGCAUCGCGUCGCCGUCGCCGUCGCAUGCAAAGGCUCGCCGCCGGCGCCGGUCACGUGACCGCGGCCGUACGUUUCGAAGGACAGGCGCACGAUGACGUCCGGGUCCUGGUGCGCGCCGUGGGGCCGGGGCGGCGGGGUCCAGUCUCGCGGCGAAAGCGGCGGCGGCCGGUUCAGCGUCUUCACGGCGAUCCUCCCGUCGCUGGGCGCGCAGCACAGCCACAGCUUCAGACGGACCAGUGUCCGGCGCUGGGUCGUGUCCCCCUACGACCCUCGCUACCGGCUGUGGGACAGCUACCUCGUCUGCCUCGUGCUCUACUCCGCGUGGGUGUCCCCUUUCGAGUUCGGCUUCCUCCAGAACCCCCACGGCGCGCUGGCCAUCGCCGACAACACCGUCAACGUCUUCUUCGCCAUGGACAUCGUCCUCACCUUCUUCGUCGCCUACACCGACAAGAGGACCUACCUGCUCGUUGACGAGCCCGCCAAGAUCGCCUGGCGCUACGCCAGCACCUGGCUCGUCCUGGACGUCGCCUCCACCGUGCCCACCGAGCUCUCCCGCCGGAUCCUCCCUCCCGACCUCCGAACCUACGGCGUCUUCGGCAUGCUCCGCCUCUGGCGACUCCGGCGCGUCGGUGCCCUCCUGUCCCGCAUGGAGAAGGACCGCAAGUUCAGCUACUUCUGGGUCCGGUGCUCCAAGCUCGUGGCCGUAACGCUCUUCGCCGUGCAUUGCUCUGGGUGCUUCUACUAUCUCCUCGCCGACCGGUACCCGAACCCGGCCGAGACCUGGAUCAGCAUCUCCAUGCCGCACUUCCACACCGAGAGCCUUUGGAACCGCUACGUGGCGUCCAUGUACUGGUCCAUCACCACCCUCACAACUGUGGGCUACGGCGACAUGCACGCCGUCAACUCGAGGGAGAUGCUCUUCACCACCUUCUACAUGCUCUUCAAUCUCGGCCUCACCGCCUACCUCAUCGGCAACAUGACCAACCUCGUCGUCCACGGCACCAGCCGCACCAGGAAAUACAGGGACAAGAUCCAGGCGGCAACGAGCUUCGCGCAGCGGCACGAGCUGCCGAAGCGGCUGCAGGAUCAGAUGAUCUCUCACCUCAGCCUGAAAUUCAGGACGCACUCAGAGGGGCUCCAGCAGCAGGAGACGCUGGACGCGCUGCCCAAAGCAUUAAGGUCCAGCAUCUCGCACCACCUCUUCUUCGGGCUGGUCCAGAACGUCUACCUCUUCCAGGGGGUCUCCAAUGACCUCAUCUUCCAGCUGGUGUCUGAGAUGAGCGCCGGGUACUUUGCGCCGCGGGAAGACGUGAUACUGCAGAACGAAGCGCCCUCGGAUUUCUACAUCAUUGUCACUGGUAGUGUGGAGUUGCUGGAAAUCCAGAAUGGUGCAGAGCAGCUGGCCAGCAUGACCAAGUCCGGCGAAGUCAUCGGCGAGAUCGGGGUCCUGUGCUACAGGCCUCAGCUCUUCACGGCCCGGACAAAGUCCCUGUGCCAGCUCCUGCGCCUGGACCGCGCCAACUUUCUCAAGGUCGUCCAGUCUAAUGUUGGGGAUGCCACCAUAAUCAUGAACAACCUCAUCCAGUACCUCAAGGAACACAAGGGUGACGGCGGGAUCUCUCGCAUCGCCAAGGACAUCGAGCGCAUGCUUGCCACAGGCCAGCUUGAUCUGCCAAUCACGCUCUGCUUCGCGGCGUCCAGAGGAGAUGACUUUCUGAUGCACCAGCUGCUGAAGCGCGGCCUGGACCCCAAUGAGACCGAUAACUGCGGCCGUACAGCACUG